AGAGUUUCCCCAUAACACCUCCUGAACCUCCCAAUUACACUGCCAUAGCAUACCUAGAAAAUCAAGCAAUCGAUCAGCAGAGACCGUAGAAAUGGAGGUGCCAGGGUCAUCAAAGAAGAUGAUAGCAACCCAAGAAGAAAUGGUGGAAGCCAAAGUCCCAAUCCCUUACAGAGACCAAUGUGCCCAUUUGCUGAUCCCACUGAACAAAUGCAGGCAGGCGGAGUUCUAUCUUCCUUGGAAGUGUGAGGACCAACGCCACUCCUAUGAGAAGUGCGAGUACGAGCUUGUCAUGGAACGGAUGCUCCAGAUGCAGAAGAUCCGGGAAGCCGAAGCCAAACAAAAACAAGGCCUCCCAGCGCAGCCGCCUAUACCUCUUAUACCUAAAACUGCCAAUGCUUGAUCU